AUGCCAGGCAUUGCAGGCAAAAAGUCGUCGAAUAUUGACAUCGACUUUACCUUACGCAAAGUCUUCGCUCGUGAUGCUUUCAGACCAGUUCAGCGGGAAGUUGUGACAGCUGCAUUGCAAGGACACGAUGUCUUUCUUCAGGCGGCUACCGGGUUCGGAAAGAGCUUGUGUUUUCAACUUCCAGCUGUUGUCGACUUUGGCAUCACAAUCGUCAUUUCGCCAUUGCUGGCGUUGAUGAACAAUCAGAUCUCGGCUCUCCGCGCUGCGAGUAUCCGAGUGGAGACCAUCAAUAGCACGACUCCUGCUUCCAUCAAGAAUAGCGUUCUGAAUGAUCUCAAAAGCGGUCACCCUUUGACCAGACUUCUCUACGUGACGCCAGAGUACUGCCAAAUGGAUCAUUUCAGGAAGCAUCUACGCAUUGUCCAUGAGCAGAAAGAGCUGGCGAGAAUUGCAGUUGAUGAAGCCCAUUGUAUAUCAGAAUGGGGCCAUGACUUUCGACCUAGCUUCAAGGAACUGAAAUGGUUCAAAGAAGAGUUCCCAGAAGUGCCAGUGAUAUGUUGUACUGCAACAGCGACAAGUCGCGUGAGAGACGACAUUAUCAACACACUCGGCUUGGACGCAGAGAAGUUGAAAAGCUUCACCAUGACCACAAGUCGCCCGAAUCUUCAUUACGAACUUCGCUUCACAUCAGAUGACGAGGGUGAAGACCGAUACGACAACUUCCUGGCUUGGAUACGCAAUACGCAUGCUCGUCGCGCUGAUAACGCUGCUCGCUCGCAAGAACUCAACCAGCGGAACGAGAGAGCCACCAAUGUACCUGGAAUCAUCUACACUUGGUACCGGAAAGACACWGAAGCUCUCACUGCACGGUUGCAAUCCGAUGGCAUUGGUGCCAAAGCUUACCACGCCGGGAUGUCGACCGAACAGAAGGAAGAUCAUCUCGAAGGGUGGGUGAAAAACCGGGAAGGAUAUGAUGUGAUCGUAGCGACAACUGCUUUCGGCAUGGGCAUCGAUAAAGACAACGUUCGUUUCGUCGUGCACUGGCAACUUCCCAAGUCCUUUGAAGGUUACUACCAAGAAGCCGGUCGCGCUGGUCGAGACGGCAAAGCCUCCCUCUGCAUCAUGUACUACAGUCGCGAAGACCGCGACCGUGCCGCAAAUAUGAUGCAGAGGGAGCAGGAAAAGCAGAACAAUGGCAAAGGUCAGAAUCGACAAGCCAUGAUAAACCGUGCGAAGAGCCUACAGGCGCUCAUUUCUUACUGUGAGAGCGUGUCAUCUUGCCGGCACAAGCAGAUUGCCAAGUACUUUGGCGAGGAUGCUAUUCCGCCCUGCGACUGGGCUUGCGAUUGGCACAAAGAUGCGAAGUUGCUAGCACGACGGAAAGACCAGGGUCUCGCGAAUGAGGAGUGGAUUGCUACUCAGAGGCAAGCUGGGACGUACGACAACGUUGGCGAUUAUGAUUGA